UACCGAUGUCCGUUAUUUCCACAAGUCUUUGAAUGCAGCAUGUUGAUGACGUCAUCAGACCCGCCGCCAACUCAGCUCGCACUUCCUGGAUCAGGGCCCAUACGUUGGAAACAUGCACCUGCGGAGGAUGGAGCUGGAAAGUGCGUCGCUGCUGCUUCUCCUCGUCUCUGCCGGGGUGUGGUCGGUGCCCAUCGACCGCAACGAGGUCCACCCGGACGUCAAAGAGGACGGUCAAGAGGAGAGCAUGGACACGGGUUUGUACUACGACCGAUACCUCAGAGAAGUCAUCGAGGUCUUGGAGACGGACCCUCACUUCCGGGAGAAGCUGCAGACGGCCAACACGGAGGACAUUAAGAACGGCCGCCUGAGUAAAGAACUGGACUUGGUGAGCCACAACGUGAGGACUCGUCUGGAUGAGCUGAAGCGGCAGGAAGUGUCUCGUCUGAGGAUGCUGCUCAAGGCCAAACUGGACAGCACCAACACGCAGAGCCUGCAGAUGGACCACGCCUCCCUGCUCAAACAAUUUGAACAUCUGGACCCGCACAAUCAGAACACGUUUGAGGCCAAAGACCUGGAGCUGCUCAUCUCCACCGCCACGAAAGACCUGGAGAACUACGACGCCGAGAGACACGAAGAGUUCAAGCGUUACGAGAUGCUGAAGGAGCAUGAAAGGCGCGAGUACCUUAAAGGUCUGGACCAGGAGAAGAGGGAGAAAGAGGAGAAGCGAAUGCAGGAGCUGAAGGAGAAACAUCGCCAGCACCCCAAAGUCAACGCUCCCGGCAGUGUUGCUCAGCUGAGAGAAGUCUGGGAGGAAACGGAUGGACUGGAUCCCAAAGAGUUCAACCCCAAGACCUUCUUCAAACUCCACGACACCAACGAAGACGGCGUCUUAGAUGAGCAGGAGCUGGAGGCUCUUUUCACCAAAGAGCUGGAGAAGGUCUAUGACCCCAAGAACGAGGAGGACGACAUGAUGGAGAUGGAGGAGGAGAGGCUGAGGAUGAGGGAGCAUAUCAUGAAGAACGUGGACACCAACAAAGAUCGACUGGUCAGCCUGGAGGAGUUCCUCAAGUCCACGGAGAAGAAGGAGUUUAAUAACCCCAAAGAAUGGGAGACGCUGGACGCCAAGCCCUUGUACACGGAGGAGGAGCUCCAGCGCUUUGAAGCUGAGCUCCGCGACAAAGAGGAGGAGUUGAAGAAGAGGGCGGAGACUCUGCGUCAGGAACAGGAGCUGCUGAAGGAGCGAGGCAAAGCCCUGGAGGCCCAGAGGCGGGAGUACCAGCAGGCCGUGAUGGAGAUGUCUCAGAGGCAGAAGGAGCAGGUAGUUGAUGGGCAGCCGCCUUCUGGACCUCACGGGGAACUGCAGUUCCAGCCUUCAAAAGCAGAAGAUAAAGCAGGAAAGGUUGCAGUUGAAGCUGAAGUGCGGAAUCAUCUACCUGCAGAACCACCGCAGAACCUGCCGACACACACUUGAACAGUCUCACACACUCACACACACAAACACACACACACACACCAACACACACCGCUGCUCGUUGAGAAGGUCGAUACGUUCUUUCAUGUCAGACUCCAAACUCUCCAGACUCACUAAAGUAUUCCCUCGUUUGUCGUGGUUAAUUGGUUCCAUGUUUCCUGCGGCUCGCCCAAAGUCAGCUGUGAUAGGCUCCAGCAUACCGGCACGACCCGAAAGAGGAUACGCGGCAUAGGUUUUGCUAGCAAGCUAUUUAGCUAGCCUCUCCAAUUUACUUCUAACCCUAACCCUAAUGCAAUUUAAGGUCUAUUUUUUGAGGAAUAGUUGAUAGUCAACCACGAAAUGGAGUGUCGAGAACAAAAAAUUGGCAACACCGGUUCCUCUUGCUACAUCUUCUUAUUCUCUGGUAUAUCAAGUGUCUUAUAACGUGUUGAAGGAGGAACAUGUAGCACCAUAUACGUUUGUGGCAGGCCGCCGGAAUGAAGUGGAUAAAAUAAACACGACACACACACACACAGACACACACACACACACACACACACACCUCGAUGUGCACUGCUUGACAGAAUGUUGCUAAGUGUUCUUUGCUGUGGUCCGUAUGAGAUUCAAGAUUGCAGUUUUAGUUUUAUUAUUUUGGGGGCGGGAGGGUUGCUGUGAAUUUAAAUGUAAAUAAAUUGUUAAUUUAAUGUCCAAA